GAUUUCACGGGGAAGCCGCAGAAAUCAGCAUCAUGCCGCUGUCGCACUUUCUGGACAGCCUGAAGGACAACCCUUACUUUGGCACUGGAUUUGGACUGGUUGGGGUCGGAACUGCGCUAGCCGUGGCCAGAAGGGGAGCCCAGGUGGGGAUGAUCUUCUUCCGUAGGAACUGCAUGAUCACCCUGGAGGUUCCCAGCAGGGAUAAGAGCUACACCUGGCUGCUGAGCUGGAUCACAAAGCACGCCAGGCACACCCAGCACCUGAGCGUGGAGACCUCCUACCAAGCUCACGAGAGUGGACGAGUUCACACACAGUUUGACUUCCACCCGAGCCCUGGGAAUCACAUCAUCUGGUAUGGGAGGAAGUGGAUCAGAGAUAAGCAGAUAGUUGAUCUUCACACUGGAACUCCGUUGGAGUCUGUCACCUUCACUGCACUGGGCAGAGACAGACAAAUCUUCUUUAAUAUCCAACAAGAAGCGAGGGAGCUCGCCCUGAAGCAGGAGGAUGGGAGGACGGUGAUGUACACGGCCAUGGGCGCGGAGUGGAGGCCGUUCGGGUUCCCGCGGCGCCGCCGGCCCCUGAGCUCCGUGGUGCUGGAGGCCGGCGUGGCAGAGAGGAUCGUCGACGACGUGAAGGACUUCAUCGGAAACCCCAAGUGGUACACAGACCGAGGGAUUCCCUACAGACGAGGGUACCUGCUGUACGGCCCCCCCGGCUGUGGGAAGAGCAGCUUCAU